AUGAGAGCUCGUCCGGCUUUCUCUCUUUUCCACGGCUUGAUUGCUGUCGUAUUCACGGCUAGUCUUCCCCAAUCAUCCGCGUCUAUCCUCCCAUCGGCAUCUCUAUAUCCUUCUCUCCUUUCCUCAUCUAGCAGCGCUUCUUUGAGUACAUGUACUGGGAACACGGCAACAACUCGCCAGAAAUGGUGUGAAUACGACAUCCACACCGACUACACUUCUAUUGUCCCCAAAACUGGCGUGACUCGAGAAUACUGGUUCAAUCUUGAACAUGUAACCGUUGCGCCCGACGGCCGCGCAAGAUCAGCAGUCGCCAUCAAUGGCUCGAUCCCCGGCCCAACCAUCGAGGCCAACUGGGGCGAUAAUGUCGUCGUGCAUUUGACCAACAGCCUGCCGGCCAAAAUGCAAAACGGGACCAGUAUCCAUUUCCAUGGAAUCCGGCAAUACUAUACCAACCAGAACGAUGGCGCGGUCUCGAUCACUCAGUGCCCUGUCGCUCCCAACAACACAAUCACCUACAAGUGGCGCGCUAUGCAGUACGGCACGACCUGGUAUCAUUCUCACAUUGGACUGCAGGCGUGGCAGGGCCUCUUCGGGGGUAUUGUGAUUCAUGGACCUGCUAGUGCGAACUAUGACGAGGACAAGGGUGUUGUUAUCAUGAAUGACUGGGACAUCAACACAGUCGAUCAGUUGUUCAUGACUGCUCAGAAAAACGGCCCGCCUACCUUUGACAAUGCUUUGAUCAAUGGUACUAACGUCUUUGGGGCUGAUGGUGCUCGCAACCAAACGGGGACUCGUUUCAACACCUCUUUUACCGCGGGGACAUCCUACCGGCUUCGUCUGGUGAAUGCGGCAUGCGAUACGCAUUUCAAGUUUUCUAUCGAUAACCAUACCCUGACGGUUAUCGCUAAUGAUCUUGUGCCCAUUGAGCCUUAUAAAACUAACAUCCUCAACAUCGGAAUGGGCCAACGCUACGAUAUCAUCGUCAAUGCCAACCAGGCCUCGGUGGCAAAAAGCUUUUGGAUGCGAGCCAUUCCCCAAACAGCAUGCUCAGAGAAUGAUUCAGCAUCCAACAUCAAGGGAAUUGUAUAUUACGGAAGCUCACAUUCAACCCCAUCGACGAAGGGAUACAGCUACACCGACAGUUGCGCCGACGAGGACAUGUCCAACCUGACACCCAUCGUGUCCGAGACCGUGUCGAGUCCAUCAUACAACAAAUCAGAGCCGGUCUCUCUCGGCAAGAACCCCGCCAGCCUCUAUCGAUGGAAGCUCAACUCGACGUCGAUGCACGUCGAUUGGACAGUCCCGACACUAUUGGAAGUCUACCGGGGACACCACUCAUGGGCUAAUACCAGCGGAGUCAUCGAACUUCCCCACAAAAAUGUUUGGACGUACGUCGUCGUCGAGACCAGCCUGUCGGUCCCACACCCGGUUCACCUGCACGGGCACGACUUCGUGGUAGUCGCGCAGGGCAGCGGAACCUACUCAGGGGCCGGGCCGACGCUCGCAAAGCCGCCAAAACGGGACACGGCCAUGCUGCCGGAAAACGGAUAUUUGGUCCUUGCAUUCAAGACCGACAAUCCGGGCGUGUGGCUCAUGCAUUGCCAUAUUGGGUGGCACACCGAGGAAGGAUUCGCGAUUCAAUUCGUGGAGCGGUAUGGUGAGAUCAAGGCGCAGCUUGAUUACAGCGCCCUUCGGGGCAACUGUAGGAAUUGGGAGGCAUACCAGAACCGGAAUAGGGUUGCAGAAGAUGAUUCAGGGAUCUGA